GUUACUUAGUGUUGUAAAGUUUCAAGAGGUUGACAUGUUCAUCAAAAGAAUGGUAAUCUAAGUAUGGAUCCUAGUAAUUUUUGCAUCCCACAUGAUGUAAAAAUAAAGAAAGAGCCAAUAGAUGAAGAUGAAGAAAGCAGAUUAGAUCUCAGUCACUUUGAAAAUGAAUGGUUUGAAUAUAAGUGUAAAUCCGGAGAUGUACUUUUUUAUUUCAAUAUCAUCACUAAUGAACAUCGCUGGAUGGAAAAUAGGUGCACUUGUUACAUAGAAAAUGGUGAGGAAUUAACGAGCAAAAGCAUUGGCAUUCAGUGUGAUAUCGAGGACAAAUCCAAACAUGUUCUAUCUAAAGAUGUUAGCACUGAAAUUGAAUUUUCCUUAUUUGGUGUGCAAGAAUCAAGAAUUGGUGUUUCAGUUCAGACAGAAGUCUCAUUUCUUCAAGAAAACAUGUCGCUCAUAGACAAAGGGGUAACGAAUUUCUCAGAAGAGGAAUCGAUUUUAUCUUUAAUCCAUGAGAAUAAAGAGCUGGAAGAGCUAGUCAACAAACUUGUCCUCAACCCUGAAGAAGUUACAACUGAACUGACUCUUACUUUCGAUGGUAGUCCAGUGAACGAUAAACACAGUGAUCCUAAUAAAGACGAUGGGCUAAAUAAUGAAGGCAAUGCAAUUGCUUUAUCUCAGUUGGAUGAAGGACCAAUGAAAAAUAAACACAGUGAUUCCAAUAAAGACGAUGAACUAAUUAAUGAAGAAAAUCCGAAUGUUUUAUCUCAGUUGGAUGAUGGUGAAAAUUUGCAGGAAUCCAAUUUGGAUUAUGGAAAUUCACAUAAAAAAUCCAAUUUGGAUGAUGGAAAUUCACAUGAAAAAGACGCAAGUCUUAAGAAUCAGUCGGACGGGAAAAUUUUAUCGGAAGAAAGUUGGAGUGCUUCAUCUUGCAAUACUGCAAGUGAACGUGACGAGGGAAAAAGCGCCGAAAGAGACAACAAAAAUACUGGUUUAAAUGACAUUGCAUCAGAAGAGCGAAACUCGAAAGAUAGAGAUAGGAUUAGUAGUCCUACCUUUUAUUCAGAUAAAACUGGCGUAAUAGAGAAAACAUCAUCUAAAGACAAAGACCUUUCAGAAGAUGAGAGAAGAUCCGAAGAAAAUGAUGUUAGUAAUCUUUCUCAAAUUUGUGAAAACUUCAGUGAAAAAGAGUCCUCGGAAGGUUUUUCGUAUGCAGAACCCCAUUAUCCUUCUAAAGAUAAGCUGUGCAAGGAAGGAACAGGGAAUGAUUUACGGCCAUCUGAAAUAUCCCAAGAAAAAAACCUUGAUACCCCCCCUCUCGAUUCAGUUGAAAAAGACUCGCAAACAGAAGAUUCUUGUCCAACUUUUGAACAUUUCAUCGAUGAACAGAGUUUCGAUAAUACGACAAAAACCAGCGAGAAUUCGCCUGUGGAUGUUUGUAACUUGGAAAAUGAGAAGCCAAAAAGAGAUCAGCAUCAAAAAUUAGAAACAAAUGCCACUCUUGUAUCUUGUCAAAAAAUUAGACGUCAAACUGCCAGAAAAAGUGCGGACUCGCUAAGGAAAUGCUUGUUAAUACAAAGAAAGGCUGCCGAAUUUUCUAACUUGGAAAAUUCUUAUAAUAAUAAACGAAAGUGUCUUCGUAAAAGGACUUUGAAAAGGAGAAGGUGUGCCGACCCAUUUUCCAAGUGCUUGAAGGUCCUUGUUACCCCAUUGGAACACGAUUUGCCGCGGAUUGAAGACCAAUUAACAUCUAUGUGUAACACAGAAUAUAAAAGGCAAUUUCAAACCGAGCUUGAAGAAUGCGCGUCCAUGUCAGAGCUGUUAUCCAGUAAUGCUGCCGAUGGAAGCACUAACAGCGAUAUGCCUUUACCAAACUUGAAAAACUCCGAAUCCACCAGUACUAAACCUCUGAAUGGUGCAGGUUUAGUUCCGGAUACUACCGUUGGAGAAACAAGAAAAAUUUGUUUGGCUGUUACCGAACAUGAUCUGACAAAGUUGUCAGAAAUUAAGGGUAUCGGAAACUGUAGCAGUGAAGGGUUUGUUGAAACAAAUUCUUUUAUAGUAUUGCAUGACAGCAAUGAAUCACAAAGUGCAGUUAUUCUCGAAACAACCAAUAACCGGAAAGAUAUUUCUGAACACUUAGAUUCUUCUGAUACUGACAUGUCACAAAGUGGAUUUGACUUAAAAGCAAACGAUGAUCAAUGCGCUCAAUCCUCACCUGAAAAACAGACAACGCAAACAACGCAAACUACGCAAACAACGCUUAGGAAUUAUUUUUGCCGUAAGCGGAAACGGAAGAGAAAAUUUGGCACUGGUAAAUGCCUGAACAAGAAGAAUUCUUUGGAUACUAGUAUUAUUGCUAGUGAUCACAGCAAUACCCAACAACCACUAUAUGUUGACAAUGCUGAAGAUGUAGACUGUCACUUCAUAGAUGGAUGUCUUAUAGAACGUAAUGAAAAACGAAGUAAUGAUGAUAAGGCCAAAGAAAACGAAUAUGAGUAUUCGAAUGGUCAUCAUAACCCAGAAAAUAAAUCAGAAGAUUUGCCUAUGGACGGAGAUCACGAAAUUUCUAAAAAGAAUCAUCAAGUUUUUGAGCAAAAUAUUAAGAAUGAAAUUCAAGGAGAUGCAGAUGAGCUUGAGCCCCAGCAUAAUACCAUAAAUAAAAGAGACAAUUCUUCUGGAGACCAGUCCUUGAUGGAUGGAGAUAGCCAAGUGUCAAAAGAGAAUCAAAUUGGUGAGAAAUAUAUUGAAGAUGAGAUUCAAGGCGAAACAGGUGAACGUCAGCCCCACAAUAAUCCUAUAAAUAAAUACAUUUCUUCUGAAGACCGGUGCUUGAUGGAUGGAGAUGACCUAGUGUCAAAAGAGAGUCAAGUUAGUGAGAAACAUAUUGAAGAUGAGACUCAGUGUGAAGCAGAUGAACGUCGGCCCCACAAUAAUCCUAUAAAUAAAGACAUUUCUUCUGAAGACAGGUCGUUGAUGGAUGGAGAAAGCCAAGUGUCAAAUGAGAAUCAAGUUGUUGAGAAACAUAUUGAAGAUGAGAUUCAAGGUGAAGCCGAUGAACGUCAGCCCCACAAUAAUCCUAUAAAUAAAGGCACCUUUUCAGAAGGACAGUCCAUAAUGCAUGGAGAUAGUAAAGUGUCAAAAGAGAAUCAAGUUGGUGAGAAAUAUAAUGAAGAUGAGAUUCAAGAUGAAGCCUAUGAAGAUAGACCUAAGAAUCCAGGCAAAGAUCGGCAGGUUGACUUCUCCAUUAUGGAAACUAAAGACAUCCAUGACAAGAAAAAUAAAGGUUUUGAUAAGGAAGAUGUUCACAACGCUCAAGACAAAGUGGAAGAGGAUUCUCAGAUUCCAAAACAUCAUUUAGAAGAUAUACCUAUGCUGGACGAAAGUAGAAUGGUAUUCAAUGGGAAUAAUUGGCAAGAUAGAAAUGACGAUAACAAUGAGUCGGAAACUCAAAACAAAGCAACACAGACAAAUCAACAUCUUGAAGAUCAUUUAAGAGAUUUAUGCAUGAAGGAAGAAAAUGAAGAAGCAGCUAAAGGAAAUGAGUCUCAAAAUGGAAAUGUCGAAAAGAACAAAGAAAAUGAAGCGCAAAACAAAAAAUCGAAAGAUAAAACUGAAAAUCUAGAGAAUAAUCAAGAAAACUUGUCCAUGGCGGGCAAAAUUCAUCAGCUAUCUAAUGGAAUUGAGAUUGAGAAUGAAAAUAGUGUUAAGAAUGAUGAAGGUAAGUCCGAAAACAAAACAGAUGAAUGGAAGGAAAAUGAUGAACCUCAACAACAAGAUCAAGGCAGUCAUGUGGCAGUGCCUACUCUGAAGUAUGGGACUGGUGGAAUACCUAAUGAGACGGAACAUAUCAAAAGAUUUAGCGAUGGAUCUAAAAAAGAAAAAGAUGAGACCAUAUCAAAAAGUGAAUCUCCAAGUCAAGAAAAAUUGUCACAGGACGACAUACAUGUAUUGGAAACAAAUGUUAAUGAUGUACCUGGAUCUAACAAUGUACCUGGAUCUAACGCUGUACCUGGAUCUAACGAUGUACCUGGAUCUAACGCUGUACGUGGAUCUAACGAUGUACCUGGAACUAACGAUGUACCUGGAAUUAACGCUGUACCUGGAAUUAAUGAUGUACCUGGAUCUAACGAUGUACCUGGAGUUAACGAUGUACCUGGAUCUAACGAUGUACCUGGAUCUAACGAUGUACCUGGAUCUAACGCUGUACCUGGAUCUAAUGAUGUACCUGGAUCUAACGAUGUUCCUGGAUCUAAUGAUGUUCCUGGAUCUAACGAUGUACCUGAAACUAAUGAUGUACCUGGAGUUAACGCUGUACCUGGAUCUAACAAUGUACCUGGAUCUAACGAUGUACCUGGAUCUAACGCUGUGCCUGGAUCUAACGAAACUGAGCAGGUUAUUCAAGGUAAGGCGGACAUUUGCACAGUUAUGGAAGAAUGCAACCUGCAAGAUAUUAUAUCAGAAAGAGGAGACGAAGGAACUUCUCUUAUUACGGACAGUCAAUCUGAUGUUCUGAACACUGGCUUUAAACCAGCCCUAAUGGAAAAAGUUAGCGAAGUAACACAGAAAACCGAAAAAGAUGUCCCCAGAGACUCAGAUGUAAAUAGCAAAUCUAAAAGAAAUCCUAGCACUAGACGCCGAAUCGACCUUUCAUGUAAACUAUGUGCAAAAAGAUUUAGAAGUCGCUUCAGGCUCUCAUGUCACUUGAGGGGCCAUAAAUUAGAGAAAACAAAAACUUGUCAUUUAUGCCUGAGAACCUUUAGGAGUCAUGCUCUGUUAUUGGAUCACAUGAAGUACCAUACUAUGGUAUCAAAGCACAGAUGUUCUUACUGUAAAGAAUACUUCGUCUCGCAUCAGAAGCUUGUUUCACAUUUUAUUAAAUGCAGAGAAACGAAAUACACACCCCAAAAUUCCAACACUGAUACAGCCAGUGAAGUUUCAUCUUCAGAGGCCUCUGCCCUAAAGAGUGACUGUCAACUUGAUAAUGUUUCAUCGCCUGCAACGAACGAACUCACAUUGAAGGAAAGUUAUAAAUAUCUUGAUAAUUAUAUUACCAAUAGAAAAAGCAAGGUAAAAAGCGUCUUAGCAGAUGCGACAGGUCCUACAGGCAGUAAUGAGGAAGUGACUGAAAGUCACACCAUUACUGAAAGCCACCCCAUUACUUCUGGUGACAGUCUAGAAAAAAAUGUCGAAACUCCUCUCAACUGCUCAGUCUGUAGGAUGCAGUUUAAGAUGGAAUAUUGGUUGAACCGUCACAUUGAGAAGAAGCACGGAAUGUCUGCUAAGGAGGGCUCGACUGUUUUGGAAGAUGGAACAGGUCCUACAGAUACACCUGAUGAGGUGUCUGGAAGUCAAACCAUUACUGGUGACAGUCAAGAUAAAAAUGUCGAAACUCCUCUCAACUGUUCAGUCUGUGGGAUGGUGUUUAAGAUGGAAUAUUGGUUGAACCGUCACUUUGAAAAGAAGCACGGAAUGUCUGCUAAGGAGGGCUCAACUGUUUUGGAAGACGGAACAGGUCCUACAGAUACACCUGAUGAGGUGUCUGAAAGUCAAACCAUUACUUUUGACAGCCAAGAUAAAAAUGGCAAAACUUCUCUCAACUGUUCAGUCUGUGGGAUGCUGUUUAAGUUGGAAUAUUGGUUGAACCGUCAUAUUGAGAAGAAGCACAAAAAGUCGGCUAAGGAGAGCUCAACUGAGACUCUAUCACCUGAAACUAACGAAGGCAAAACAAACAAAUCAAUCGAUGCGGAAAAGAAACCUCGAUUUUUUGAAAAUCACCCAUCUCCCAAGAAAAUGGCAAAAGACGCGACAGUCAUCAAAGAUGGUGAAAUAAAUAAAACAUUUGAAACAAGCAAAUGUACGAAAAAAUCUCAGGAAAAGCCUGCACCGCCUCAAGGAAGGACAGAAAGUGUGACUGGGAACGAACCAAAACAUUCGGAACAAAAGAAAAUCUACAAAUGUGAUAUAUGUAAUCGAGAUUUUGUUUAUUUUGGAAGCUUUGAAAAUCAUUUGAAACAUAAGCACCAUGGUUUAGACAACAAAAAUGCCACAAAUAUGGAUACUGCGUCAAAAGAAGAGGUGGCGGAGACAUCAAAAGGUACCAACCUAAAAACGGGUUUUGAAGUGAAAGACAAUGCUGGGAAGGCAGGGAAGGCUGGGAAGGCCGGAAAUUCUUUUCUUGAAACCGAGGUGCGCAGCAACAAUGAUAACGUUGUCAUUGGUUACAAGCAUAAUACAUUUAAGUGCUGUGAAUGUCCCCAAGAAUUUUUACAUCUUGAUGAUCUUCUAAGACACAACAGCGAUGAGCAUGCGGCACGCAAGUGUCCGCACUGUGAAGUAAGCUGUUCGUCUGCUGAAGAGUUAAAUUCCCACAUGCAAAUGCAUCGUAGACAGGCAGCCACACACAGUAUGAAUAAAAUAUGCUGUAAAAUUUGCUUGAAAGAGGUUUCGACUGCUCUUGAAUUAAUCACACAUUUUCGCACACACAAAAGAGGUAGAAAAAGAAGAAUCAACGAAUCUCAAGAAGAAGAAAAAGAAGGCCCUAGAUUUGAAGAACAAUCAACAUCUAAAUCACUUGAGACUACUGGAAGCACUUCAUCUGAUGAUCCUAGUUCUAAGACCGGGAUAGACGGUUCGGUCUCACAAGAAUCUGAGGAAAAGCUUUCUGAGCGUGCAAUUCCAAACGUGUCUAAAUCCGGUAAUGAGGUCAUCGGUAACACAACAAUGAAAAAUAGCAUCAGAUUGUCGGUAUUUUGUUGUUUUUUAUGUAACAAGGCAUUUAGUAACAUCAGGAAACGUUCCUUGCACAUGAAACGUUCACACUCUAAAAAAAACAUCCAAAGGGACCCCGAAUUAUCACCCAAAAAUUGGUUUCUUCACAAAUGUUCCAUUUGUGGCCGCGUUUUCCGCAAAACAAAAUAUUACGAGAAACACAAGCAAGAACAUGAGGAUAUGCAGACAACUGUGUCAAUGACGAACAAAGCUGGGCCAUCUUUCGUCACCAAAAACAAUUCUGAUGUUAAUGAAGGAUCACAAAACAGCAGUGAGCGCAUUCCACAAGACACAGUGGUUUCAAAAGUUCCAGCAAUCAAUAAGGACCUUGGGUUUGAUCCAAGUACAGAAAGAUGUGUCUCUGUUAAUACUGAUGUCAGAAUGAAAUCUUAUAAAUUAUUAAGAAGGAGGCAUUACCUAUGUUCCAUUUGUGGCCGAGCUUUCUAUAGUUUAAAAAAACAUAAUCAGCACACACUUGAGCAUGAGGAUAUGCAGCAAUCCGUUUCAUCAUACGUUCCCAAGAAUACUUCCAGCUGCAUUUCUACUGACAGCCUGUCUUCAAAAGAUACGAACACUUCAUCGAUCCUGAAUAACAUUGAUCUUGGUCCAAGUGGUGACUUGGUCGCACAUUCUCCUGUUAUCCCCAAAGAAAUGACAAGACAAGAAAAAGUAUCUGAGUCAACUGAGCCACCAUAUUCUUCGAAGAACCCUUCAAGCUGCAUUUCUACUGACAACCUGUCUUCAAAAGAUACGAACAUUUCAUCGAUGCAGAACAACAUUGAUCUUGGUCCAAAAUGUGACUUGGUCGCACAUUCUCCUGUUAUCCCCAAAGAAAUGACGAGGCAAGAAAAAUUAUCUGAGUCAACUGAGCCACCAUAUGCUUCGAAGAACCCUUCAAGCUGCAUUUCUACUGACAGCCUGUCUUCAAAAGAUACGAACACUCCAUCGAUGCAGAACAACAUUGAUCUUGGUCCAAGUGGUGACUUGGUCGCACAUUCUCCUGUUAUCCCCAAAGAAAUGACAAGACAAGAAAAAGUGUCUGAGUCAACUGAGCCACCAUAUUCUUUGAAGAACCCUUCAAGCUGCAUUUCUACUGACAGCCUGUCUUCAAGAGAUACGUACACUUCAUCGAUGCAGAAUAACAUUGGUCUUGGUCCAAGUGGUGACUUGGUCGCACAUUCUCCUGUUAUCCCCAAAGAAAUGACGAGGCAAGAAAACGUAUCUGAGUCAACUGAGCCACCAUAUGCUUCGAAGAACCCUUUAAGCUGCAUUUCUACUGACAGCCUGUCUUCAAAAUAUAUUAAUACUUCAUCGAACCAGAGUAACAUUGAUCUUGGUCCAACUGACAGCCUGUCUUCAAAAUAUAUUAAUACUUCAUCGAACCAGAGUAACAUUGAUCUUGGUCCAAGUGGUGACUUGAUCGCACAUUCUCCUGUUAACCCCAAAGAAAUGACAAGACAAGAAAAAGGAUACGAUGAGUCCACCUGCCAAGACAAGAAUGGGCUUUGGACUGAAUCUCGAUCUGCAUCUGUUUGUAGCAGCAAGACUACGAGUAGAGAAAGCUCCACAAAUGAAAGCCAAAGUGUGUUGCGCUACCUAAAUUUGGAAACGCAUUCCUGUGGUACAUUGGUAGGAAAAAGAUACAGGUGUUGUUAUUGCAGUUUAUCAUUCAGCAGCUUCUAUCAAAGGGACUCUCACGUAUUUGCGAUGCACGAGAUGAAAGCAAACCAGUCUCAUCUGCAAAAGGGAUCCUAUUCACCUACGGAAGCAAACCAAGGCCCGAAACGUCAGGCCAGUGAAGAAACUUCUCUUGAAAUGUUAGUGGAUGGAUCUAUGGAUAUGGAAGAGUUGUUCAAUUCUGGGAUCAAAGAUGUUAACGAGAACGACGAAACCAUGAGAAAGAAAUACCACCGUCCAAAUAUUCUUCGAAGAAGCAGGCCGUUAGGAAAAGAUGCUUUGUUCAGGGAUGAUGCCUUCAGUGAUCAAGACAACGGUUUACUUUUGGAAACAACAUCAACAAGGAGCGACAGUUAAUUGAAGGAAAUCCUGGAAAAAAAAGCAAAGUCAAUAUGAUGUUUUAUUAUAUAAUUACCAAUGAAAUAUCUAUUUUUCUCUAUUUCGAAAAAUUGAU